AUGGUUGCAAUUGGAAUUGGCAAUAUUGAUAUUUUGUCAUACGAUGGUACUGAGUGGAUUGAGAGAACACUGUCAAAUGCAUUGUAUGUACCGAAAUUUGUUGAUGAUGGGAUAGUCAUCGGGAACAACGAGGAGAGCAUUGAUUCGGUAAUUUCGCAUUUGCAAAAGAAAUUUGAAGUGAAAGCAAUGAAACUUGGAUGCUUUCUUGGCAUGGAAAUCAAAAAAUUCGGCGAUGGUUCAAUUUUUGUGCAUCAGUCAGCAUACGCACGAAAGGUAUUGCAAAUGCAAUGCAAUACGCUUCCAUCUCCACGGUUGAUGAAAUCACAUUUACCAGCUUAUUUGCUGCCCAAGGAAAUAUGGACUGUUCGAACGAAACUCAUUCACAUCAGUCGUGAUGUCAAAGAUGUUGCCGUCUCAUUCUAUCACUAUGCGUGCAAUCGUUAUCCUUUUUACAAGGUCAGUGCACACGAUCUUUUCCAUAGUUUCUACAACGAUUAUAUUGUAUUUGGGCCAUACCAUCAGCAUGUUCAAAGCUAUCGUCAACUCCAUCACUUGGAUCAUCUUCUUCUCAUGACGUAUGAAGAAUUGUCAGAAAAUACAUUGGCCUGCGCCAAGCGAGUGAGCGAAUUUUUGGGAUGCACAUUGCACAUACAGUUUUGUCGUAAGGGCAAAGUCGGUGGCUAUCGGGAUGAAUUGUCUGAAGAAGAUGUAAAAAACUUCGACGAAUGGACGAGGAGGAACAAGAAAGAACUAGCAAUGGAGUGAAAAUAUUGCAAUAUUGUUCAAGAUGAGAUAUUUCCCAUUGAAAACUGAUUAAUAUUGCGAAGAAUGGUUUUUCAUUUGUUUUUCAUUGGAUGGAAUCAGCUUGAAUUUUGUUCAUAGCGUAAAAAAUGAAUUGUAGAAUGUUGUAACUGACCUUUGUCCUUGAAUCUAACCUGGUUUGUUUUGCAUAUAUUAACACGUAUAUAGCAAGUGUUAAUGUUAUAUUCGUAUCAAUAUCAUAUCAAUAUUCAAGCCAUGAAUUCGGUAUUUGGUAUGGAUUAUGGCCAUUCCAAUAUAGACAUAACUAACUAACUAACGAACGGACUAUGACUAACGAUCUUCUGACAAACACAUCAAAUUUAAGGGCCUGUACCGCAACCUAUGCAUAACACUAACAAAACAAAGUAAAACACGAAUUUGCGAUGAGCUCAUUCAGUGAAGUUCAUUUCAAUUCGUUUACGUCGUUAGACGCACUCACGAACGCGACUGAAUGAACUCAUCAACAAUGUUCUGUAAUGAAAAAGAAUUUUUUUACUCAUAAAAUUGAUGUUUAUCACCUGCUGCGCUCCCUCAAAAAUAAAUUUCGCACAUUCGCGACAUUUUUUUUGUCUUCUUUGUUAUCUUUAAAAAAGAUGAAAUAUUUUGCAGUAAACAUUGAACGAUCUGAAUCACAACUUUUGAUUCGCAGCGUCAGAAGUGAGCUGUCAGACGCUUUUGUGCAAUACCUGUGGCCUGUACAGAUAACAUUUAUCGAAUCUCAUUCAAUUUUAAUAUGAGACAGUGUAAUCUAAUCUCUUUCAAUUCAAUGUUACUUAACCAGUAGUUUUAAAAACGAAAUGUAACCCUUUUUGUC